GUACGAUAAAUGCAGACGGAGAGUAGAGUCCGAAACAAUCGUGAUUUUUCGAGCAAGUUCUAUCCUCAGUCCUCACCCGCACCACAACCCUUACCCUAAUUCUGAAGUACCCCCUCACCCCGCGCGUCUCUCUCUCAGCCCCUCGAGCCAAAAAUGUCGCAUUUCGGAAGAACAGGCCCUCCGGACAUUACCGACACAUACUCUCUCCUUGUCCUCAACAUUUCCUUCCGUACGACUGCGGAUGAUCUAUUCCCGUAUUUUGAUAAAUACGGCAAGGUCGUGGAUAUCUUCAUCCCUAGAAAUCGAAGGACUGGUGACUAGGGCUUUGCAUUUGUGCGGUACAAGUAUGCUGAUGAGGCACAAAAGGCAGUGGAUAGGCUUGAUGGAAAAGUUGUUGAUGGUCGAGAGAUAACAGUUCAAUUUGCUAAAUAUGGGCCAAAUGCAGAGAGGAUCGACAAAGGGAGGAUUAUCGAACCGUCCUCAAGGUCAAGAAGUCGCAGUCCUCGUAGGAGAUACCGGGAUGACUACAGAGAUCGGGGUUCCAAGAGAAGAAGCCGCAGUCGAAGUUUUGAUAGGUACGAUCGUGAUAGGUAUGGGAGGGAUAGGGAUUAUCGCCACCGCAGCAGGAGCCGUAGCAUUAGUCCCGAUUACCAUAGGGCCCGAGGAAGAGGUCAUUAUGAUGAUGAACUUCGAAGCCGAAGCCGAUCAAUGGAUAAUGCCUCCCCCGAUCGGCGUAGCAGGCGUAUCCCUAGUACACGCAGAAGUCCUUCCCCACAGAAGUCUUUGUCUCCUAGGGGUGAAAGUUCUGAUAGGCGAAGCCACGAUGGACGGUCCCCAACUUCUCAUAGUAUUUCACCCAGGGGCCAUCCUGCUGAUUCUCGAAGCCAAUCCCCAUGAAAGUCAGAUGUUGAUAUGAGUUAUUGUCUUUGUUCGCACUCACAGUUAGAGAGAGAUUUUGAACUUUUUUUUUUAAUUGGUUGAUGAAUUAAAUGAUCUAACUUAUUUUUCCUGACUUAUCUGUUCUUACAGGAAUGAUUAUCCCGGUUGUUCAGAAAAUUCAUGGAGACAUCGUUCUGCUGUUCUUAUCUGAAUCCUAAGGGCUAGUUUUGGUAGGACUGUGGAUUUCUUUGAUUUCUUACUAUUUUGUCUUGAACCUAAUCCUUGUUUACGCAUGCAAUGUAAGAGGAAAAAAAAAAAAAAGGAGACAAUCCCUACCUGGCCAUUUUCAAAUUUGUGGACUUAUUGUGAAUUUGGUAUUUCAAUAUCGAUAAGUUGUUAUGGAUGCUUUUUAUAGAUA